GGCAUCUGGUAUUUCACCUCCCGCCCGCCAUAUAGUCCAAUGAGGGGCGCAAGGUGGUUCUCUCAUUCUGGGAGGACACAGCGGAUCACCGAUCCGCAGAAAGAGCCGAAGAUGUCGGCUUGGUCAUGUGAUCAGCUGUGUCCAAUCACAGCUGAUCACAUCCCCAGCAGUGCCACCUGUCAGUGUCCAUCAGUGCCAGCUGUCAGUGCUCAUUAGUGCCACGUGCCAGUGCCCAUCAGUGCCACAUCAAUGCCACAUAUCAGUGCCUACCAGUGCACAUCAAUGCCACAUAUCAGUGCCCAGCUGAGCUGCCUUUCAGUGUCACCCAUCAGUGCCAGUCAGUGCCACCUAUCAGUGCUGCCAAUCAGUGCCACCUAUCAGAGCAAGUCAGUGCAGCCUAUCAGUGCC